AUCCCCGUACUCAUGGGUAAUAUCCUUUAUUUUGUGUGCCAGUCUUUUAUUUUGCUAAACAGUAACCUCAGGACAGUUUUGGUUCAAGGUUUAAAGAGUAUCUCAGGGCAUAGUCUCAGGGUAUCCUCUAGUCUCAACUGGUCCAGUAAGUUUAGACUUUUUAAGAAUAUGUGUUCUGUUCCACAUUUUUCUCCCAUUCUCUCAGGGCAGUUGAUCUGUUCUUGAUGAAAAUUAUCUUCCAAAGUGAACCUUGCCUUGUUUUGGAAAAUAUUGACUCUCUUUAUUUCUUUGUAUCAUGUCUUCCAAAGCAGACAUGAAUCUGUGGAUUCCAUUUUUGAUGCGCUCUUUUUCUCAACAGGUGGGUUGGCAUUCUGGCUUUGUAUCUCAGGCACAGAGAGAAGCUUGACUGUGCUGGUGGAGCCCUGCUCAGCAGUUACUUGAUCGUUCUCAUUGUUCUCCUGGCGGUUGUUAUAUGUGCUGUGUCUGCCAUUGUGUAUGUCAGCAUGAAAGGGAAGAGAAUCGGUGUUUUCUAUCAAGAACUAAAGCACACAGUCCUCUGCUGAUACUUGGAUUUGUUUUACAAAUACAGUAAACUGUCAUCUAAGUGCUAGGCGUCUUCACAUGGCCCUGCACAUCAGAAUUGUUUGCUUCUCUAAGGAACCAUCUGUAACCCUGGACCACGGAAAUCUAUGUCUAAGCUGCUGUACAUCCGUCUAGCGCUCUUUCUGCCAGAGGUAGUCUGGGCAUCUCUGGGGGCUGCCUGGAUACAAGGAGUUGAGUGUGACAGGACUGUUGUGAAUGGCAUCAUUGCAACUGUCGUUGUCAGUUGGAUUAUCAUCGCCUCCACUGUGAUUACCAUUAUCAUUGUCUUUGACCCACUGGGGGGGAAAAUGGCUCCAUAUUCCUCUGCUGGUCCCAGUCACCUGGAUAGUCAUGACUCAAGCCAGUUAUUUAAUGGCCUGAAGACAGCAGCUACAAGCGUGUGGGAAACCAGAGUCAAGCUCUUGUGCUGUUGCAUUGGGGAAGACGACCAUACUCGAGUUGCUUUUUCGAGUACGGCAGAGCUUUUCUCAACCUACUUUUCAGACACUGAUCUGGUGCCCAGCGACAUCGCGGCGGGCCUCACCCUGCUCCAUCAGCAACAGGACAACAUCAGGGAUAAGCAGGAGCCUGCUGAGGUGAUCAGCCAUUCCUCAGGGACGUCCCAGGAAGCUGAUUUGGAUGCAGAAUUAGAAAAUUGCCAUCAUUACAUGCAGUUUGCAGCAGCUGCCUAUGGUUGGCCCCUCUAUAUCUACAGAAACCCAUUCACAGGGUUUUGCAAGAUCGGUGGGGACUGUUGCAGAAGCAGAACAACUGAGUAUGAGUUGGUUGGAGGUGAUCAGCUCAACUGUCAUUUUGGCUCUAUCCUGCAGACAACGGGGCUGCAGUACAGGGACUUCAUCCACAUAAGCUUCCAUGACAAGGUGUAUGAGCUUCCCUUUCUAGUGGCUCUGGAUCACAGGAAAGAGUCUGUUGUGGUUGCUGUGAGAGGAACCAUGUCCCUCCAGGACAUCCUCACCGAUCUGUCUGCAGAGAGCGAGACCCUGGACUUAGGCUGCGAGUUACAGGACUGUGUGGCGCACAAGGGAAUUUCUCAAGCUGCCAGAUACGUUUACCGACGACUCAUCAACGAUGGCAUUUUGAGCCAGGCAUUCAGCGUUGCUCCUGAGUACCGGCUUGUCCUCGUGGGUCACAGCCUGGGGGCCGGCGCUGCAGCCCUGCUGGCCCUCAUGCUCAAGAACACGUACCCACACGUCAGAUGCUACGCCUUUUCCCCUCCCCGGGGGCUGCUGAGCAAAUCCCUUUAUGAAUACUCCAAGAGCUUCAUUGUGUCACUUGUCCUUGGGAAGGACGUGAUCCCCAGGCUAAGUGUGACCAAUUUGGAAGAUCUGAAGAAGAGAAUCUUGCGAGUGAUUGCUCACUGUAACAAGCCUAAGUAUAAGAUCUUGCUGCAUGGGUGCUGGUAUGAGCUGUUUGGAGGGGACCCUGAUAACUUUCCGACGGAGCUGGAUGGGGUCAACCAGGAGAACCUGACACAACCUCUCCUCGGGGAGCAGAGCCUGCUGACGCACUCGUCCCCAGCCUACAACGGCUCUGAUGACUCCCCACUGCAUUCCCCGUCCAAAUACCCCGCUCUGUACCCUCCCGGCAGGAUCAUCCACUUGGAGGAAAAGGGCCCUUCAGGCAGGCUUUGCUGUUCUGCUGCUCAGUACAGUGCCAGGUGGUCGCACGAAUCAGAAUUUAGCAGGAUCCUCAUAGGCCCCAAGAUGCUGACAGACCACAUGCCAGACAUCCUGAUGCGAGCCCUGGACCACUUGGUCUCGGACAGAGCAGCCUGCGUUUCCUGCCCAGCACAGGGAGCCUCCCACAUGGACAUGGUGUAGCCCCAGCUUCUGGGAGUUCCUGCAGGAACAUGGCCCCUUGCUUUUGUUCUUACACUGGCUUAAUAUCCAGGUGAUUUCCUAUUAUGCCAGUACAUUGGAUUUUCAUCAGUAGGAACUGAAGAGUUACUAAAUUCAAUGGUUUUCUAAAUGACUGGGUAACUUUCAGGAAAUCAUUUGGAACAUAGUACAAUCUGGAGCCAGGGGAGAGGCUUGAGGUGAUGGGACUCCACAGCCUGAGGACAAACGUGCAGAAAGCUUCAGAAGCCCUUCCCAUUGGCCUGCCAGUCCCGGCCCUCAGGAGGGUGGGAAGCCAACAGCCAGUUUUAAGGUCCUGACUGGGCUUGUGGGACUCCACCCCUUAGGUAACCCCUUCACUGACUGGGCUCAUCCUGAGACUAUUGAGGAAUCUGAAGUUGGCUUACGGGUGUGCCGUUUUCUGGGCUACACAAACAACUGCUCCUAGUUGUGAGAAUAGCGAAGCAGCCAGAUUGCCUUCAGAGAGCUGUUUUCUUCUGGAUGGCGUCAAGGGUUAGCCCUGAGCUCUGACUGGGGAUCAUCUCACAGCCUCAAGACAAAGACCAGGUCGGGAAACCAGUGGCCACCCUCCCUAACCGGCACCUUCUGGCCCUCAGCACUGGUCCUUGUUUACACGCUUGUUUCAUCAACAGUGAGGAGUGGGUGUGGCUUAGCUCUCACCUAAUGUUCUGGCUCUUUGAGGUUGGCCAGUGGAUCCAGAGGGAGUUAAAUAAAGCACUUACUCGUGUCACCCAAGUCUGCCUGUUCAGUGAUGUGUUCUUCACUGAAUGUUUCUAGGAAGGUCUAUUUAUUGGGUAGUUUUACAGCAGUCUUGUUUGAGAUGUUUCUGUGUUCCGUAAACGAAGUCUUAAGUUGUCCUGGAGUUCUGGCCAGACUGCAGAUUGUACAAGCAUCUCAUUUUAUUCCCCCCUCCCCACGCCCUCCCGAGCUCCAAUAAAAUGACGGUAAAGGGAUUUCUUUUAAAAGCAUAAACCCACAAGGAUGGGGAAAAGGAGACAAGAACAAUUACAUUUUUGGAAGCUAGAAAUCAGAUGGCAGAAUCCUAAGCAGGGAAGGAAAGCCAAGAACUAACCCAACUGACAGCACAGACCCCUGUGGCCCUGAAAUGGGUGAGGUGGCUCACUUCAAAGUGGGGAGAACCUUGCCCCUCGUUUGCUUGUGGGGGAGGGAGACUGGGCACCAGCACAGUUACAAGGGGAUCACGUUCCUGGACUCCUACCCAUUUUUCAGGGAGGAGAUUCUCCCAGGAAAUCUGACCUCUAGAGAGACCUUCCUCAGGGCCUCUCAGCUGCCCCAGCCAGAUCACCUCAGAUCCAUGCUUCUGAAAACCUGCACAGGACUGCGAGUUUCAGAGAUACUUCUGUAAUACACAAUUGAAACAGCAUGGCAGUGUCCAGUCGCUCUAAGUUUCCUUUCUAAACACACUUCCAAAGGCAGCUAACCUGGUACUCUGGGUAGUGCUGCGCUAGUGUAACCCACCCAUGUGUCACUUCCAGUCUGCUUUUCAGGUUCUCAAACCAUAAACAGGAGCCAAGGGUUGCCAGACACCUGAGGAAACAGACGAUGCAGGGAGCUUCCAACUCUCUCAGCUAUGCUUCGGAACACAGAGCAUCGCAAUCAUGGAGGAAACCCAGGAGGCUCAAAAAGAGAUUUUAGAGAGUAAAAAAGAGCAUUGGAAAUUAAAAACAUGAUAGAUAAAAAGGAAAAGACAAACUGGGGAAUGGAGAGGGUAAGAGACCAUUCCAGGAGGUCUAACAUCUGAAUACUAGUAGUUCUAGGAAAAACAGACAUGAGUUUCCAGAUGGAAAGAACCUACCAAGUAGAGCCCAACAGAUAAAGGUAAACCCUAGGAUAUGAGAGACAAAGGGAAAAUUCCACAAGAUUGAUAAAUAGGAAAAAGUACAUCACAAUGCCAGAGAAAUGGCUAUGGAAGACAAUGGAAAAACUUCCUUGAAAAAAUGUGAAGAAAAGUUUAUAACCUACAUUUUUAAACCCAGCCGAAACUAUCAAGGUAGUAUAAAUUUUCACAGAUGCAAAGGCUCAAAAGUACAUCCCACACACCCUUUCGCGGGAAGCUCUGGAAGAAUCUAAUCAAGAUGAAGUAAAUAACAGGAAAUCAGGGUGUAAGAAAUAAAAGAUCAACACACAACAGGUGAAGGCUAGCUGACUGACUUUAGGAAAAUGGAAAUUGAUAAAAUACGUAACGUAGCUGAACAUCUUGACAGAUUUAGACAGCAGACAAAACUAAGCAAAUAAAGCAUUAAUUGCCUCAAAGGGAGCCAAAAGUUGUGGACGAAAGGAAAAGUUCUGUUACUAUACAACUUAGUUAUGAAUAGCUUACACAGUAAUAAUGUAGAUGCCAUAUACUUAGAGCCAGCCAAAACUCUUAUAUUGAGGGAUGGGAAAGGGGGCUGUGUAAGUGGGAAAGAGAAAGCCCUUCUGUCUUCCGCAAUGGGAAGAUCAAUGGUAAUUGGUAAAGCUGAAAAAUUCAACUAGCAACACAAGCAUAUAAUUUAGAUAUGUGGAGGUAAAUAUCAAAAAUUAGUUAAAAGAACUGAAAGUAGUUGCCUCUGGGAAAGGUGUGAAGGAGGGACUGCUGUUUUUCUAACAAACCUUGUAUAACUAUUUGAUCUUUAAACCGUGUAUUUAUCUUUGAUAAAAUAAAAGACUAAAAAAUGUGUCUUCAAA